AGAUGGGCCUUGAGUUUUGGAAUGACUGCAGUUGCGGGUUCCGCCAUAGCUGACAAGCGAUCAGUGGCCGAAGGAGCUCCAACAUGCAAACCCUAGAUGAGAGCAAGAAGCACCGCAACCACCGUGUCUCUCUGCAAUCGGAUGGUCCCCCCGCUCUCCGGUCUCCUCCCAAAGAAGAAGCUCCACAGCAAACAGGUUGGCUCUCUCUUCCCCGGUGAACGCCAAUUCUAUGCCAUUUAUCUCUUAGAACCUCCAUCGUCUCCGGCUUCAUCUUUGUCUUCAACAAGCGCUUCCGUAGAUUUAUCUUCAAUCAAUCCUUGUGGUAUUGCAAAAUCUGUUUCUCUUAGAUGUUCACAUCUUUGGUCUAAGGACGGUGGCGAUGGCCCUUCUAAUCUUUCCCUAAAAGACCUUCUUCUGAAGCUUUCCACUAUAUCUCCGGAAACCACUCGUAAAUUCCGGCGAGUUUCGGAUUUGAAACCGGAAAAUGUCCUUGAAAUAUUACUCGGUUUUCAGUUUGAGUGUAAGCAAUUUGAAACUGAAGUUCAAAAGGUCCAAUCUUUGUGGGGGAUUUUCAAGUGGGCUAGUGACCAAGGUAGGGAUUUUGAGCACCUUCCUCGCUCGUUCGAGGUUAUGGGAGCGAUGCUCGUCCGAGUUCGCUUAUUUAGGGAGGUUGAAUUCUUGCUUUCAACAAUGGAUAGUAAAGGAAUUCCGCUGGAUAGUGAUGAAGUUUUCAGUAAUUUAAUUCAAGGAUAUGUAGCGGCUGGUGAAGCACAGAAAGCAAUUUCCAUUUACGAUCGAGCAAGGAGCAUAGGUUUAGUCCCGUCAAUGUCUUCCUAUCGUGUUUUUCUUGAUUUUCUGGUCAGAAACGAUGAAACCCAGUUGGCUUUUCGAGUUUACGUGGACAUGGUGGAAACAGGGAUGGAACUGGGUGUAGCAGAAAGAGCUAUUUUUGAGAAUUUGAUUCAAUUACUAUGUGGGAAUGGAAAAGUUCAGGAAGCCAGAAAUGUUGUUAGGAAUGCUAUGGCUUUGGGAAUUAAACCUAGUAACACAGUGCUUGAUGCAAUUGCUGGUGGAUACAGCGAGAAGAAGGAUUAUGAUGAUCUGGUUAAGUUCUUUGUGGAAACAGAGUGUGUUCCUGAUGUUGUAGUUGGCAACAAGAUAAUCUUUUCUUUAUGUAGUAGUUUUGGCACGGACAGAGCUAGAUUGUUUCUGGAAGAAUUGGAGAAUCUAGGUUUUGGGCCUGAUGAAAUAACCUUUGGAAUUUUAAUAGGUUGGAGCUCCCGUGAAGGUAAAUUGAAGAAUGCCUUUUUCUAUCUGUCAGAAAUGUUAUCAAGAUGCCUUAAGCCAGGCGUGUGGUCCUAUAAUGCUCUCAUUAGUUCUGUCUUCAGGGAGGGUAUGUGGAAACAUGCUCGGGACAUUUUUCUUGAGAUGAAUGAUAGAGGAGUAACACCCAAUUGGGAAACUUUCAGAGUUCUUUUAGCAGGAUUUACUGGAGCUAGACAGCUUGAUGAAGUGAAAUCGCUGGUUUGCAAGAUGGUUGAACUUGGUUUGGUUCAACUUUCUUCUGUUGAGGAUCCCCUGUUGAAAGCCUUUGUGUUGUUGGGGCUUGACCCAUUGUCUGUAAAGGUGAGGAGGGACAAUGGUUCAAGGCUGUACAAAGCUGAGUUUUUUGAUGAUCUUGGAAAUGGACUAUAUUUAGAAACGGAUUUACCUACAUAUGAGAGGACCAUGGGUAAGGUUCUUGAAGACUCCUUGAUUCCUGACUUUAAUUCCUUUAUAUUGAAGGAUUACAAUCAAAGCAGUCGCAAUUUGAUGGUGAUGGUUGAAGAAAUGGGUAGAUGGGGGCAAGAGUUGUCAUUGACUGCCUUUUCAGUAUUAGUGAAAGGGCUUUGUGCAUCCAGUCACAGUAUGAGAACUGUUGUUAGCCUAGUAGAGAAAAUGCCAAAACUGACUAAUCAGCUCGAUCAAGAAACUCUGAAUAUGCUUGUCCAAGCUCUCAGCAGAAAAGGCUUUUCUGAAAAUGCUAGAAUAAUUUUUAGGGGCAUGCUACAAAGGGGAUCCUAUAUCAAUUCUGAGACAUAUACUGCUUUAAUAACUGGUUUUUGCAGGAAAAGAAACUUUGAAGGCCUCCUUAGCUGCUGGAAACUUGCACAUCUAGACAAAUGGUUACCUGAGCUGAAGGAUUGUAACAUUAUUAUGGGUUGUCUCUGCCAACAAGGAUUGCUUGAGGAAGCAUUGGACAUCUUUGAGAACAUGUUGGCAGGCUACCCUUGCUCAAGAUUGAAUAUUUGUCAUGAUUUUCUUGAGGAGUUGUCCAGUACAGGGUUCACAAAUACUGCACUUGUUUUGGUGGAGGAGCUUCAAAAGAAGGGUUUUGUCUUGGACUACAUUGCUUAUAGCCAUCUUAUAAAAGGUUUCUUUAUGGAGAAAAUGAGUUCAAAAGCCUUCACUAUGCUUGAUAUUUUGCUAGAAAACAAGAAGAUGCCCUGCUUGGAUGUUACUGUUCUCUCAAUUUAUCAUCUGUGUCGGGCUAGUAAAUUUGAGAAAGCUGUUGCUCUGAAAGAGAUUUCCUUGAGAGAAGGAUCUUCCACUUCACCUUCAGUACACUGUGCUUUGAUGAGAGGGUUUUGCAAAUCAGGGAUGGUUUGGGAGGCAGUGAAUAUCUUCCAAAAUAUGUCAGUAAUAGGGUUACCUCCAGAUAGUGAAACUUGCAACAUGCUGGUCCAAGAGUAUUGCCAAAUUAAUAACUUCAAGAAAGUAUGGGAGCUACUGGGUAUUAUUAUAAGGAAAAAGUUUAGCAUAUCAAUCUCAAGUUACCGCAAUCUAGUUUGCCUUUUGUGCACAAGGAGUAUGGUCCCCUCUGCACUGAAUGUGAAAGAACUCUUGCUUAAAGAAAUCAACCCUCCCUAUAUUGUGAUUUACAACAUUCUGAUUUUCUAUCUAUUGAGAACCAAAAACAGUUCAUUUAUGGACGAGCUUCUAGAUGAAUUUCAGGGGAAGGGCUUGCAGCUUGAUGGAGUCACUUAUAAUUUUCUUGUGCAUGGAUAUUCUCAGUGCAAAGAGUUAUCGCAUUCUGUGCAUUAUCUUACAACUAUGAUGCGUGUAGAGCAUAGACCAAGUAACCGCAGCUUGAGAACCAUAAUAAGCUGCCUCUGUGCUGGCGAGAAGCUUGGAAAAGCCUUGGAAUUGAGUCGAGAAAUGGAAUCAAGGGGUUGGACUCAUGAUUCAGUUGUUCAAAAUGCUAUUGCUGAAGGCCUUCUUGCUCGGGGAAAAAUUCAGGAAGCAGUGAGCUUUCUGGAGCGGAUGGAAGAAAAAGUUCUAGUUCCAGACAACAUCAAUUACGACAAUCUAAUAAAGCAGUUUUGUCGGCUUGGAAGAGAAGACAAGGCCGUUGAUCUUUUGAACAUAAUGCUGAAGAAAGGUUCCAUUCUAAGUUCUUCCAGUUAUGAUUACCUGAUCCAACAUUCCUGUUCACGGCAUAGGUUGGAGCAAGCUCUAGAUUUGUUGACUGAAAUGAUGGACAGAAACCUGAAGCCAAGCAUUAUGACAUGGAAUGCGGUUCUCCAGAAGGUCUGCCAGAAUGGACGAGUUAGCGACGCAGAAGGGCUAUUGAAAGUUAUGGUUCAGGUGGGUGAAACGCCAACCAGGGAGAUGUAUUACUCUGUUAUUCAUCGGUACUAUAAUGAGGGCAAUCUUCAGAAGGCAUCGGGUCUCUUGCAGAUAAUGCAGCAACAUGGCUACGAACCAGACUUUCAGACUCACUGGUCUCUCAUAAGCAACUUGAAAAAUUCAAGCUCUAACAAGAACAGCGGCAACAACAGCCGUCCUUUUCUGUCAACACUUCUUUCUGAAAGUGGAUUUGCUCAGAAGAAUUACCGCAAGGUCAAACCACAUUAACAAAGCAUGAUCAAGUUUUUGUUGUGAGCUCACUAUCUUCUUUUUUCUUUUUAUUAUAGCUUAAAAUCUUGCCCCCUUAUAUUUGCUUGGCUGGCAACUUCUUCGUUCGAUUAUGAUUUAGGGCUUCUGCCAGUUUUCUUGAUGUAAUAUAAUUAGUUUGACAGUCAUAUUCUGUGUAUAUUAAAUUCAAAUGUAAAUUUCUUA